AUGGCCUCCAAUGGAGCUGAAGACAAGUUGAAUACAAGGGCCUCCUGCUCCCGGUCAUCAACCUUCACUAUUCGAGCCAAGUCAGCAGUGUUUCAUACUGCUAACAGUCACACUACUCCCCUCAGGCCCAGAGAGAAGAAGCCCCUCCAGUCCUCUGCCAGUGUCCCCCGGGUCGCCAGGGACUCUAUAGGUCAGCUGAAUGACAGGGUGAAUCAGACUCAGAAGAACCAGCUCCAAUGUGCCUACAACCGUUCUGUGCCUACAACCACUAACCUAGGUGACAAGCCACAGCGUCCUGGUAGCGCGGGUGCUAAUUUAGCUAAUGGUCAUAGUAAUGGUCGCUGUCAACCAACUGUUCUCUCUAAGAGUACACAGCUGUCCGGUGCAGCCGUUAUCUCAUACAGACAUAACGCUGGUGUGUUGGAGCCAACCGUGAAAAGCUAUCGACCCAGCUGGAACUUGGACUCACUGAAGUUAAGAUCACGGAUCCUGGCCCGCAAAAGAGCCUUGUCACCCCAGCCUGAUCCCUACCCAACGUGUCCCUCUCCACCAAAGGCAGAACGUGUCCCAGACUCGCAGAACAACGCAGCGCCCCAGCCUGCUCCCUACCCAACGUGUCCCUCUCCACCAAAGGCAGAACGUGUCCCAGACUCGCAGAACAACGCAGCGUCACAGCCUGCUGAAAGCACCACCAGCAGCAGCAUGCCCACCAACCAGUCAGUCCCCUGGACCAGUGGCAAACUGAGAGACAAUAGCAAAGGGGUUAUGAGGCCCACUACGGGUAAAGUGCCUUCCCGUCCCAGACAGGAGACUACCCAGACAAGAGACUCAGCAAAACCUUUGUCCCCCCUGACCCAGUCAGCCUCCUAUUGCCGAGGGGGGGGCACACUCCACCCCCCCAACACUGUGCCUUUGCGGGAUAGGUCAUCCCACCACCAGGAUGUGGAUCAGAUAUGGAGGCUCCAGGACCCGCGUCAGUUUGAGAGCCUGAUGGCAGCAGACAUGGAGGGUCACCCCCAGGAGAUGGGGUGUUGUGCUGCUGGCCAUGGGGCUCCUGCUGGCCAUGGGGCUCCUGCUGGCCAUGGGUCUCCUGGAGCUCCUCAUAACACAUCAACAGAGACGGUCAGGAAGGUCAGCUCUGAGGUGGAGUUUACUGAGGCGGUGAGGAAGCUGACACAGUCACGGAGCGCGUUCACCCCUCAUCCCAGGAACGGGACUGUUAACGGUGUAACUACUGGAAUACCAGGGUCCAGCGUGGAUCCAGUCAAGAUGGGCAAAGCCAUGACUACUAUCCCUGUCAGCCACAGGCCUGCUCCAGCCAAACCCUCUGUACCACUCUGCCUUACUAAGAGAGGCCAGGAGACGGAGCCCUCAGUCUCUCCUGUGUCCAUGGAGACCUCCAGUGCCUGCAGCCUCGACAGCAACACCACAACAAACAGUGGUAGCACAACAGCCUCCAUGGCACCUCUACCCCAUGCAGGGAUAACUCCAACCCAGUCCCCUACCCAGGCCAGUGCCACAGCUUGUUCCAGUGCAGGGAUAACUCUAACCCAGUCCCCUACCCAUGCCAGUGCCACAGUUUGUUCCAGUACAGGGAUAACUCUAACCCAGUCCCCUACCCAUGCCAGUGCCACAGUUUGUUCCAGUACAGGGAUAACUCUAACCCAGUCCCCUACCCAGGCCAGUGCCACAGCUUGUUCUAGUGCUAGUUCCAUCCCAGAGAACACUGAGACAGGUUCUGAGUCCGCCUCAGGUUCUCCUCAGAGUCAGAGGCCUUCUGUCACCUCGGUGACCACCCAGAUAUCAGCCAUACACCUGACCAAGGAGAGGAGUGUCCUGUCUCUACAGGGGGGCCACAGCCACAGCCCCUCCCAGUCCCCACCUGACCUGGAGAGGAGUGUCCUGUCUCUACAGGGGGGCCACAGCCACAGCCCCUCCCAGUCCCCACCUGUCCUGGAGGAAGAACCUCAGCUCUCCGGGUCAGUUCUGUUCUCCCACAUACUACUAGCUAUUGUUAGACUAGAUGGUACAGCAAGUUUUUGAGUGCUGGAAUGGGACUAUAUAAAUCCAUUCCAUAAUUUUUUAUUAAGUAGAUCAGUACUAAAUGUAUUGUCACAUGAAUUUGAUGGAGGUCAACGUGGGUCGAUAGGAGGAAUUAAGCUCUGUUGUGUUAACUAGCUUGAGUAUAGGUGUCUCGAGAGUAUGUUUGUCUAGGGAACUCAGUGAGUCAUAGUAAAAAGAUUCACCCAAUAACCUAUCAAGCGUCUUGCUUCGUUUUCUUUGAGUUUCCUGUCUGUUCAUACAGUCCACAGAGUGUUGCCAUGCAGGGGGAUGGAGCAUACAGUCCACAGAGUGUUGCCAUGCAGGGGGAUGGAGCAUACAGUCCACAGAGUGUUGCCAUGCAGGAGGAUGGAGCAUACAGUCCACAGAGUGUUGCCAUGCAGGAGGAUGGAGCAUACAGUCCACAGAGUGUUGCCAUGCAGGGGGAUGGAACCAGGGGGAAGAGGACUAUCCUGAUAACGAGCUGGAGAAUGACUGCAGUGGUGAUGGUGAUGAGGAGGAAGACUCCUUUUUAACUAUUCAUUUCAACCCUUAAUCAACUAGACGUGUGAAAAAUGACACCACUUAAUUGGACGGCUGUAGCUAGGCUAACAUAAUGAAUCCAUCCUGUUUCUCCUCAGAAGGGUCUGACUGCUCCUCUAUGAAUGAUGCCUGGUCCACAGCCUCCAUGCCCGUCCUGCCAAAGUAAAUUUAAUCGUUUUUCUGUGUGAUGAAAUGUCGAUUCAUCGAUGACGUUGUUGGAAUGCUUUGUGCGUUUUGAAGAUAUUAAUUAUUAUCCUAUUGAAAUGGACUCUUGGUUGAAAUGUGGGGCGGCAGGUAGCUUAGUGGUUAAGAGCGUUGGGCCAGUAACCGAAAGGUCGCUGGUUCUAAUCCCCGAGCCGACUAGAUGUUAAAUGAUUAAUCGUUGACGUUGUUGGAAUGAUUUGUGCGUUUUGAAGAUUGAUUGAAAGAAAAAAGCCAUGUCAUUGCUAUUCUAUGAUUUGUGUUCUUACAUAUUUUGACAAUGAUGCCAAUUCAACUGUAUUUUGGUAACUUACCAGACCACAAGUUCACCCGGGGUCAUAACAGAAAUCUGAAAUGGUCAGGAGAGUAACCUAUAUCCCCAGUCAUGGUUUCAGACCAUCAAAUUAAAUUGUAUUUGUCACAAAUGCGCCGAAUACAACAGGUGUAGACCUUACCGUGAAACGCUCACUUACAGGCUCUUAACCAACUAUGCAGUUCAAUAAAUAAAGUAAAGAAAAUAUUUACUAAAUAAAAUAAAGUAAAAAAUAAAAUAAAAUUAAAAAGUAACACAAUAAAAUAACAAUAACGAGGCUAUAUACAGGGGGUACCGGUACCGAGUCAAUGUGCGGGGGUACAGGUUAGUCGAGGUAAUUUGUACAUGUAGGUAGGGGUAAAGUGACUAUGCAUAGAUAAUAGACAGCGAGUAGCAGCAGUGUAAAUAGUCUGGGUGGCCAUUUGAUGAAUUGUUCAGCAGUCUUAUGGCUUGGGGGUAGAAGCUGUUAAGGAGCCUUUUGGACCCAGACUUGGCGCUCCGGUACCGCUUCCCGUGCGGUAGCAGAGAGAGCAGUCUAUGACUUGGGUGGCUGGAGUCUUUGACAAUCAUCUAGGUGUCAUUGAGUUUAACAGAAGGUUCAGUUCUUUAUAGUCUAUAAUUUAUAGAUAAUGAUGUUUACAAUACCAGGAAGUCAUGUUGUUAAUCUGUACACUUGACACAGAGUAACCUCUUGACUAAAAACACAAAUGAUUUGAGAGAAAUGCCCAUUUAUUAAUCUGUGAAGACCGUAGUGUCAUGUUUCAUCCUAUUGCGGCUAGAUCUCUGUAGAAUGACCAUUCAUAACUCCUAUAACCCUCCCAGUCGGGGCACCUGACAGUUCCCCGGUACGGUGAUGACAAAAACCCAAGAGAGAAUUGAAGCUUUUUUUUUUUUUGUUCUAGUGGUUGCUGCCGGUGAAAGGUUGAAAGCACAGAGGCUAGUGGAAAGGUCUCCCAAUUGUCAAUCAGUGAUAAAAGUGGAACUAUCUUUCAAUAAUGGGGACAUGAGUCUCUGUGGUGUAAUAGUGCUUGGCCUGUGGGAUCAUUGUCAGCCCAUGACGUCCCCAGCUGAUAUGUUGAUUAGCGUUAGGCCCUUUUCUGUUUUCGUCACAGCAAAAGCCCAUGUAGAGUAGAGCUGUUACCCCCAAGCCAAUGCCAUCCACUCACUCUCAGUAGAGUCAGGCUAUUUUCGAAGCAGGAGGACCAAGCAGGAAAACAGCAUCCUAAAUGACUGUCACGUGAGUUUUUUUAUUUUUGGUUAAAUUCUUUGCCCAGAUAAUUCCUUUUUUUUUUUAUUGAUUGAUCUUGCGGGCGUUUUGGUUUGGUUAGAAACUACUUUUAAUUCAAAAUGUCUCCUGCCUUUCCAAAGACAUGGCCGACCGUGCCUCUGAGUUAAACAGUGGUAUUUAGAUGUGAAUGAUCCUGCUAGGUGCCAGCUAGCGUUAUUGUUUCGUUCCACUGGACACUGAUGACCAGGCAGUAAGCAUGGCACCGUGGCUCAAUGGAAAUUAACAGUUGGAAGGGAAGAAAUCUCUUUCCAAACUCGUCAGGAAUUGUAUAUUCCAUGUUAAACGAGUGUCUUUAUAGUCUGUGUGUCUGUUUGAUAACGUUCCCAGUAUUCCCACUGUUUGCAGAUUUAGUACAACGUCAUGGCUCUAAUGCUACGGUGUGUGUUCCAGCAUAGCGGAUGAGGGGGAGCUGAUGAGCUCUGAAUCGGAGGAUGAGGGGGAGCUGAAGCCAGCUCUCGUCCCCAGCAUGUUCCCCUUCCUCCCUCCAACGCUGUACUUCAGCACUGCCAACCAGAGAGGUAAGACACCCCUUCACUGCCUUUAUUUUACAUUUUAGUCAUUUAGCAGACGCUCUUAUCCAGAGCGACUUACAGGAGCAAUUAGGGUUAAGUGCCUUGCUCAAGGGCACAUCGACAGAUUUUUCACCUAGUCGGCUCGGGGAUUAGAACCAGCGACCUUUCGGUUACUGGCACAACGCUCUUAACCACUAAGCCACCUGCCGCUCCGUUUAUAAUGGUAGACUGCUUUAAGGGUGUAUCCCAAAUGGUUCCCUAUGUAGUGUGGUACUUUUGACCAGGGCUCAUAGGGUGUCAUUUGGGAAACAGCUAAUAAGCUGCUUGACAAUGUUAAACUGCUUGACAAUGUUAAACUGCUUUAGAUUUUUUUUUUUGGGGGGAAAAGAAGCUUCUACAGAAAAAAUAUUCCCUUCCAAUUUUAUCCAAGUAUGAGCUGAUCUAAGAUGUUUUGUUUGCUGUUACUUGGGGUUGGGAUUAGGGUUUUGGACAAAUAUUGUUAUAUGGUUAUAUCAAAAUAUUCUACAGGACAUUGUGUGGGAGCUUAUUAGAUAGAGCUUGAGUAAAGUUUAGUCCCCCCCCCCCUCCCCCCCAGUAGAGAGACUGCUGCCUCUAGUCCAGGGGUGUCAAACGUCCGGCCCGCGGGCCGGAUCAGGCCCUCAAACGGGUUUAAUCCGGCCUGCGAGAUGAUAAAAAAUAAAAAGAAUAAUAAUAAUAAUAAUUUUGUAAAGUAUAAAAAUGCGCUGCAAUUUUUCAAUAAAAUAAACUGCUGUUCCAAUUGCGUCCACUGGAUGGCGCAAUAGCAAUUGUGUUAAGCAAGCAAACUGUUUAUACCAGGGCAGAGCAAGUAGGUCAAGCACGUGCAGCCAAUGAGCUACUUUGUUUUGCCCGCGAUAUUUAUUACGGCUUCUACUUUUAACAUUAUGUGCUUUGGCACCCUCAUUGCCCCAAUAUGUCUCUGUCAAAAAAGAGAAAAGUGGACGCAGAGUGCAGAGUGUUCCAAGAAAAAUGGUCAUCCUAUUUAUUCAUGGAAUUGAAUGGGAAAGCUGUAUGUUUGGUGUGUUCAGAGCAUGUUGCAGUGCUGAAAGAAUAUAACCUUCGUCGCCACUAUGUGAGUCUUCAUGCCGACAAAUAUGACAACUUUCAAGGACAGCGGAGAUGAGAGAAGGUGAAUGAACUGUUGGCGGGUCUGAAGAAACAGCAGUCUGUGUUUACUCACAGCCGAGACAUCAGUGACGCUGCAGUGAAAGCUAGCUACCUCAUUGCUAAUGAAAUCGCAGUGGCUUCAAAACCAUUUAGUGAGGGUGAAUUUGUAAAAACAUGCAUGAUGAAGGCAGCGGAGAUUGUGUGCCCUGAAAAGCGGCAGGCUUUUGCAAAUAUCAGCCUGACAAGAAACACAGUUGCAGACAGGAUUUCCGAUCUUUCAGGGGAUUUGGACAGCCAGUUGAAGCAAAAAGUAAAGUCAUUUAUUGCGUUUUCGGGUUUCAAUUGAUGAAAGCACGGACAUUACAGAUGUUGCACAACUGGCCAUUUUCAUCCGCGGAGUUGAUGACACAUUGACCGUCACCGAGGAGUUCGUGGAGUUGGUGCCGAUGACAGAUACAACGACAGCAGCUGAUAUUUUUACCGCACUCGUCGGCGCGCUGGACAGGGUCGGAGUGGACUGGUCCCGCGCUGUCAGCCUGGCUACAGAUGGUGCGCCCUCAAUGAUCGGGAAAAAAGCAGGCGUUGUGACAAAGUUCAGAGAGAAAGUGCAAUCUGCAAAUGGAGGACGUGAUUUUUUGACUUUUCACUCUAUUUUUCACCAGGAGGCUUUGUGUUGCAAGUCAUUAAAGAUGGAUAACGUCAUGAAGGUGGUCAUCCAAACUGUUAAUUUCAUCCGAUCCAGAAGCCUGAAUCACCGCCAGUUUGACAGCCUUCUCAGAGAGAAAGACUACAUCUAUGGCCUGCCAUACCACACUGAGGUAAAAUGGUUAAGCCGAGGUGCUGUGCUGAGGCGUUUCUUUGAUUUACGAGAAGAAAUUGAACAGUUCAUGGAAGAAAAGGGCAAACCAGUGUUAGAAUUUCAUUCUGCAGAUUGGAUGCAGGACCUUGCAUUUAUGGUGGAUGUUACAGAGCACCUGAAUAACUUGAACAAACAGCUGCAAGGGCGCUACAAAGUUGUCACGCAGUAUUAUGACAGCAUACGUUCUUUCAAGUUGAAGCUGUCAUUGUGGGAGACGCAACUUGCCGGUGGUGAUGCAGCUCACUUCCACUGUCUGAAAAAUGUGUGCGCGACCCAACAUGUGGCAGACAUGAAGCGGUUCAAAGAUAAAAUAACGGGACUGUUACGGGAGUUUGAGCAACGCUUUCAGAUUUAUGUUUUUAUGUUGAUGUGCUAUUGUUUUUUAAUUGAUUUUAUUUUAUUUGUAUAUUUAACCUAUUCUUGACUCUGUGGUUCUUGCACUUGUUUGGGGAACAGGAUUUCAUUAUUUUUUAUCUACAUUUCUGCCUGAGUAAUGACACCCUGAUAUAGUUCUGUGAUCUGUGAAACAGUUAUGUUAAUCACUGAGGCAUUGUGUGUUUGUGUGUUCUUUUUCUUUAGAAUUUUCAAAUAAACUUGACGUGUUUUAUGAUUAAUAGUGAUGUUGUGCUUGUACUAUUUUGGACACACUGUCCUCAGGCUCCAGCUUUAUGUUGUAUGUUGAUCGUAUUAAAACAAAGAAAACAAUCUGAAGUUGUUGUUUUUAAGUUAUAUAUACCAUGAUUUUUCCGGUCCGGCCCACUUGGGAAUAGAUUUUCCUCCAUGUGGCCCCUGAGCUAAAAUGAGUUUGACACCCCUGCUCUAGUCCUAUAGCUCUAUUGUACAUAAGCUGAAUCCAAAAUGACACCCUUCUCCCUUUUUUAUAGUGCACUACUUUUGACCAGGGUCCGUAGGGAAUAGGAUUCCGUUGGGACCCAUCCAUAGACCUAUUCCUGUAGCUGUGUGUUGUGUGUUUCAGUGGAGCCCCUGCCACCGGAGCAGAGGAAGCUGCUCAAAUGGAAGAUGAGCACUGUGACGCCCGCCGUGGUCAAGCACACCAUCGCCAGGUCACACUUCAAAGUCACCAAGAGUGAGUUCCUUAGGGGUUGAAAUCCCUCCCUCUUGCCUAAUUUACAUGUUUAAAGACCUCUUGAAUGUCUGUUCACAUUUGUGUAAAACAUUAAUGAAGUUAUUGUUGUUGCAGAAAGUCAUGAUUGGCUUGGCUGCUGGGGUCACCAUAUGAAGUCUCCUGGAUUCAAGGCCAUCAGGGAAUACCAGAAGGUAAGCUAGGUAGGGCUGGGAACAGGGUUGGUAAUUAACAUCUGCCACCCGACAAAUACGGGUAGAUUUUGUCAUUGGCGGUUAGGAAUGUCUAUUCCACCUGCCACGUUGGCGGGUUGUCAUUCAGAGAGCAAUGGGGAUUUUUUUAUUUUUUUAUUUUUAUUUUCCAAAGGCCUCAUGUCGAAGUUUGUGGAAUUGAUAAGAGAGGCUGCUAUGGUGUGAUUUUUGUCCUCGUGUUUCUUUGCUAGUUACAUCGUUUUGUUCACACGCCAGGUUGUUUUUCAUUGUUAGUUUGAGUUUGCUGUAGCUGAUUGCUGCUAGGAGGACAUCGCCUGAGAUGGUUUUCAUUGUUAGUUUGAGUUUGCUGUAGCUGUCUGCUGCUAGGAGGUCAUCGCCUGAGAUGUUUUUCAUCACAGGCAAGUUGAGUGCCCAAGUUACCACGGUAACGGCCCGUCCCUUAAAGGGGAAGCUGAAUAUUUUUCUCUCGCCUAAUGAUUGAGCAUGGAACACUCCUAAAAACGUUUUAUUCAUGAACCUUUUAGUCAUUUCUUAUCAUUAAAACACUCAUUGUUCUCCUAGAUUUAUAAGUGUGCUUCAACAUUUUUAAUUAGGAGCACGUCACGUUCAACAUGUCACAGAGUAGAGCGCUGAACUCUAAGAACAAGUACGCUGUAUCAAUAUGUAUUGCUGUUCGAUGCUGGGAUUUUAUUGAGAUUCGAUAUUCCAAACGCAUUGCUCACCAUACAGUGCAUUCGGAAAGUAUUCAGACCCCUUGACUUUUUCCACAUUUUGUUACGUUACAGCCUUAUUCUGAAAUUGAUUUAAAUAGUUGUUUUUCCUCAUCAAUCUACACACAAUAGCCCGUAAUUACAAAGUAAAAACAGUUUUGUAGACAUUUUUGCAAAUGUAUGGGGGAAAAACCUGAAAGAUCACAUUUACAUAAGUAUUCAGACCCUUUACUCAAAUACUUUGUUGAAUCACCUUUGGCAGCGAUUACAGCCUCGACUCUUCUUGGGUAUGACGCUACAAGCUUGGCACACCUGUAUUUGGGGAGUUUCUCCCAAUUGGCUCCCUAUUUAAAAAGAAACUAUGAAGGAAGUGGCUCUGGAUAAGAGCGUCUGCUAAAUGACGUAAAUGUAAGGAAAAAAUACUGGAGUUUUGGUGCAUGUAAAGCCAACUAGCGCAAAAAUAAUAUUGCCAUAACGAUAUAUUGUCAAAAAUAAUAUUGCGAUAUGUAACUAUCAAUUGUUUGUUUAUUUUUCCCAUUAGUAAAGGUAGGCAGGAAUGGGCUGAAGCUAGCCUGAUCCCAGAUCAUUUUGUGCCAUCUUGCCAACUCCUUUGGUCAUUGUCACACCUCAGGGAUCUGGGACCAGACAAACGCACCAGCCAAACAAGAAUAAUAUUGAUUCAAUCGGUAUGGAUCUUUCAUUUCUUUCAACCUUCGUUUUGAUCUGCAUAUUGACUCGUCUCUCUGCGUUCUUUCUAGUUGAACCACUUCCCCGGUUCGUUCCAGAUAGGUCGUAAGGACCGUCUGUGGAGGAACCUGUCGAAGAUGCAGGCUCAGUUUGGGAAGAGGGAGUUCAGCUUCUUCCCCCGCUCCUUCGUUCUCCCUCAGGACAUCAAGCUGCUGAGGAAGGCCUGGGAGGACAGUGGUAGCAGGCAGAAAUGGAUCAUCAAGCCGGUAGGUGGAUCCUAUAUCUAAAUCCGUUUUGGGCUAUUUUUGAAAUGGCUUCCGUUCCCUAGUGACGGUGCAUUUCUCCUGGGUUUGGAUCUUUUGUCUAACGAUGCGUCCGAAAUGACACUUCCCUAUACAGUGCACUAUAGCGAACUACUUUUGGCUCUAGGGAAUAAUGUCAUAACCUUGGUGUUUCUUCUGACGUGGAUGCAUUGUGAUGUGUAUUAGUACUGGCUGUAUAGGGGAUGUGUAUUAGUACUGGCUGUAUAGGGGAUGUGUAUUAGUACUGGCUGUGUAGUGGAUGUGUAUUAGUACUGGCUGUAUAUUGGAUGUAGUGGAUGUGUAUUAGUACUGGCUGUAUAGGGGAUGUAGUGGAUGUGUAUUAGUACUGGCUGUAUAUUGGAUGUGUAUUAGUACUGGCUGUAUAGUGGAUGUGUAUUAGUACUGGCUGUAUAGGGGAUGUGUAUUAGUACUGGCUGUGUAGGGGAUGUGUAUUAGUAGUGGAUGUGUAUUAGUACUGGCUGUAUAGUGGAUGUAGUGGAUGUGUAUUAGUACUGGCUGUAUAGGGGAUGUAGUGGAUGUGUAUUAGUACUGGCUGUAUAUUGGAUGUGUAUUAGUACUGGCUGUAUAGUGGAUGUGUAUUAGUACUGGCUGUAUAGGGGAUGUGUAUUAGUACUGGCUGUGUAGGGGAUGUGUAUUAGUACUGGCUGUAUAGGGGAUGUAGUGGAUGUGUAUUAGUACUGGCUGUGUAGUGGAUGUGUAUUAGUACUGGCUGUGUAGUGGAUGUGUAUUAGUACUGGCUGUGUAGUGGAUGUGUAUUAGUACUGGCUGUGUAGUGGAUGUGUAUUAGUACUGGCUGUGUAGUGGAUGUGUAUUAGUACUGGCUGUAUAGGGGAUGUAGUGGAUGUGUAUUAGUACUGGCUGUAUAUGGGAUGUAGUGGAUGUGUAUUAGUACUGGCUGUAUAGGGGAUGUAGUGGAUUUGUAUUAGUACUGACUGUAUAUGGGAUGUAGUGGAUGUGUAUUAGUACUGGCUGUAUAGGGGAUGUAGUGGAUUUGUAUUAGUACUGACUGUAUAGGGGAUGUAGUGGAUGUGUAUUAGUACUGGCUGUAUAGUGGAUGUGUAUUAGUACUGGCUGUAUAGGGGAUGUGUAUUAGUACUGGCUGUAUAGUGGAUGUAGUGGAUGUGUAUUAGUACUGACUGUAUAGUGGAUGUAUAUUAGUACUGGCUGUAUAGGGGAUGUAGUGGAUGUGUAUUAGUACUGACUGUAUAGGGGAUGUAGUGGAUGUGUAUUAGUACUGGGUCUAUAGGGGAUGUGUAUUAGUACUGGCUGUAUAGUGGAUGUAGUGGAUGUGUAUUAGUACUGACUGUAUAGUGGAUGUGUAUUAGUACUGACUGUAUAGGGGAUGUAGUGGAUGUGUAUUAGUACUGGCUGUAUAGGGGAUGUAGUGGAUGUGUAUUAGUACUGGCUGUAUAGGGAAUGUAGUGGAUGUGUAUUAGUACUGGGUCUAUAGGGGAUGUGUAUUAGUACUGGCUGUAUAGGGGAUGUAGUGGAUGUGUAUUAGUACUGGCUGUAUAGGGAAUGUAGUGGAUGUGUAUUAGUACUGGGUCUAUAGGGGAUGUAGUGGAUGUGUAUUAGUACUGGCUGUGUAGUGGAUGUGUAUUAGUACUGACUGUAUAGGAGAUGUGUAUUAGGACUGGCUGUAUAGGGGAUGUGUAUUAGUACUGACUGUAUAGUGGAUGUGUAUUAGUACUGGCUGUAUAGUGGAUGUGUGUUAGUACUGGCUGUAUAGGGGAUGUAGUGGAUGUGUAUUAGUACUGGCUGUGUAGUGGAUGUGUAUUAGUACUGGCUGUAUAGGUGAUGUGUAUUAGGACUGGCUGUAUAGGGGAUGUGUAUUAGUACUGACUGUAUAUUGGAUGUGUAUUAGUACCGGCUGUGUAGUUGAUGUGUAUUAGUACUGGCUGUAUAGUGGAUGUCUAUUAGUACUGGCUGUGUAGUGGAUGUGUAUUAGGGCUGGCUGUAUAGUGGAUGUCUAUUAGUACUGGCUGUAUAGGGGAUGUGUAUUAGUACUGGCUGUAUAGGGGAUGUAGUGGAUGUGUAUUAGUACUGGCUGUAUAGGAGAUGUAGUGGAUGUGUAUUAGUACUGGCUGUGUAGUGGGUGUGUAUUAGUACUGGCUGUAUAGGUGAUGUAGUGGAUGUGUAUUAGUACUGGCUGUGUAGUGGAUGUGUAUUAGUACUGGCUGUAUAGUGGAUGUGUAUUAGUACCGGCUGUGUAGUGGAUGUGUAUUAGUACUGGCUGUAUAGUGGAUGUCUAUUAGUACUGGCUGUGUAGUGGAUGUGUAUUAGGACUGGCUGUAUAGGUGAUGUGUAUUAGUACUGGCUGUAUAGGUGAUGUAGUGGAUGUGUAUUAGUACUGGCUGUAUAGGUGAUGUAGUGGAUGUGUAUUAGUACUGGCUGUAUAGUGGAUGUGUAUUAGUACUGGCUGUAUAGGUGAUGUAGUGGAUGUGUAUUAGUACUGGCUGUAGAGGUGAUGUAGUGGAUGUGUAUUAGUACUGGCUGUAUAGUGGAUGUCUAUUAGUACUGGCUGUAUAGUGGAUGUGUAUUAGUACUGGCUGUGUAGUGGAUGUGUAUUAGUACUGGCUGUAUAGUGGAUGUGUAUUAGUACUGGCUGUAUAGUGGAUGUGUAUUAGUACUGGCUGUGUAGUGGAUGUGUAUUAGUACUGGCUGUAUAGUGGAUGUGUAUUAGUACUGGCUGUAUAGUGGAUGUGUAUUAGUACUGGCUGUAUAGUGGAUGUGUAUUAGUACUGGCUGUAUAGGGGAUGUGUAUUAGUACUGGCUGUAUAGUGGAUGUGUAUUAGUACUGGCUGUAUAGGGGAUGUGUAUUAGUACUGGCUGUAUAGGUGAUGUAGUGGAUGUGUAUUAGUACUGGAUGUAUAGUGGAUGUGUAUUAGUACUGGCUGUAUAGUGGAUGUGUAUUAGUAUUGGCUGUAUAGGGGAUGUAGUGGAUGUGUAUUAGUACUGGCUGUAUAGUGGAUGUGUAUUAGUACUGGCUGUGUAGUGGAUGUGUAUUAGUACUGGCUGUAUAGGGGAUGUAGUGGAUGUGUAUUAGUACUGGCUGUAUAGGGGAUGUGUAUUAGUACUGGCUGUGUAGUGGAUGUGUAUUAGUACUGGCUGUAUAGGGGAUGUAGUGGAUGUGUAUUAGUACUGGCUGUAUAGGGGAUGUAGUGGAUGUGUAUUAGUACUGGAUGUAUAAUGAGACAAGCUCUAGUCUAGAUACAUGUCAUGUAUUAGUGGAUCAAAAUAAUCCUUAUUUCCAUCUCUCUCCUGUAGCCUGCGUCUGCUCGGGGGAUUGGGAUCCAGGUCAUUCACAAGUGGAGUCAGAUGCCGUGCAAGAGACCACUGCUGGUGCAGAAGUACGUAAGCUGCCUGCGAAUGAUGCACUUCUCCUGGUGGUGUGAUUUUAGCCUGGUCCCAGAUCUGUUUGUGUUGUCUUGCCCAUCUCAUGACCAUAGGGGUUUGUCAAGACUGCACAAACAUAUCUGAGACCAGCCAGUCUAGUGUGAUUGGAUCAUGAUGACAACAUACCAUCAUUUCAGGAUUGUCUCUGAGUCUGAAUGUAGUGUGUGUUAUCUCUCAGGUAUCUCCACAAGCCCUACCUCAUCAGUGGGAAUAAGUUUGACCUGCGUAUCUAUGUGUACGUGUCAUCUUACGACCCGCUCCGGGUUUACAUCUUCCAAGACGGACUUGUCCGCUUCGCCAGCUGCAAGUAAGUCAUUUGUUUUAAUAAGUCACCUGUUACCUGUUUCAUUAAGUCACCUGUUACCUGUUGUAUUCAGUCACCUGUUACCUGUUUCAUUAAGGCACCUGUUACCUGUUUUAUUCAGUCACCUGUUACCUGUUGUAUUCAGUGACCUGUUACCUGUUUCAUUAAGGCACCUGUUUUAUUCAGUCACCUGUUACCUGUUUCAUUAAGGCACCUGUUUUAUUCAGUCACCUGUUACCUAUUGUGUUCAGUCACCUGUUGUGUUCAGUCACCUGUUGUGUUCAGUCACCCGUUGUGUUCAGUCACCCGUUGUGUUCAGUCACCCGUUGUGUUCAGUCACCCGUUUCAGUUAUAUAUCUCCGUUUUUGAAAGAUUUCCUUGAAGCCUGCAGGUAUAAGGCUUUAUAGCAUGUUAUGAGCUUUUAUAAUGGCUUUAUACUGUGUGUCUCUGGCAAAUUUUUCUCAUAUAUUCAUUAUAACGAGUGCUCACUGUGACAGGGGCUCACUGUGACAGGGGCUCACUGUGACAGGGGCUCACUGUGACAGGGGCUCACUGUGACAGGGGCUCACUGUGACAGGGGCUCACUGUGACAGGGGCUCACUGUGACAGGGGCUCACUGUGACAGGGGCUCACUGUGACAGGAGCUCACUGUGACAGGGGCUCACUGUGACCGGGGGCUCACUGUGACCGGGGGCUCACUGUGACCGGGGGCUCACUGUGACCGGGGGCUCACUGUGUUUGUUUUCCUCUGUAGAUAUUCCUCUUCCAUGAAAAGCCUUGGCAACAAGUUCAUGCAUCUGACCAACUACAGCGUGAACAAGAAGAACUCUGAGUAUCAGAGCAACGACAGUGACAAGGCCUGCCAGGGGCACAAGUGGUAAAGAUGUUUUAAUGGAUAUUACAAACUGGGAGGUUCCAGCCAUGAAUGCUGAUUGGCUGACAGCCGUGGUAUAUCAGAACGUAUACCACGGGUAUGACAAAACAUUUAUUUGUACUGUUCUGAUUACGUUCUUAACCAGUUUUAUAAUAGCAAUAAGGCACCUUGGGGGUUUGUGGUAUAUGGUCAAUAUACCACGGCUAAGGGCUGUAUCCAGGAACUCCGCCAUGUGUCGUGCCUAAGAACGUCCCAUAGCCGUGGUAUAUUGGCCAUAUACCACAAACCCCCAAGGUGCCUUAUUGCUUAAAUAUAUGCCAUUUGGCAGACUCUUUUGUCCAAAGAGGCUUACAUUCAUGUGUGCAUACAUACAUGUCACUAGCACAUAACAGGGUUUUCAUUCUAUCAUUGGACCGCUGGACUAACGUGUGUGUGUGUGUGUCCGUGUGUGUGUCCGUGUCUCCGUGUCCGUGUGUGUGUCCGUGUGUGUGUGUCCGUGUGUGUCCGUGUGUGUCCGUGUGUGUCCGUGUGUGUGUGUCCGUGUGUCCGUGUGUGUCUGUGUGUGUGUGUCCGUGUGUCCGUGUGUGUCUGUGUGUGUGUGUCCGUGUGUCCGUGUGUGUGUGUCCGUGUGUGUGUGUGUCCGUGUGUCCGUGUGUGUGUGUGUGUGUGUGUGUGUGUGUGGCAGGGCUCUGAAGGCGUUGUGGCAUUACCUGGGUUCUAGGGGGGUCAACACUACGCUGAUCUGGGAGAAGAUCAAGGACAUCGUCAUGAAGACCAUCAUUGCGUAAGUCAGAGUUAAAUACAUCCCUUAUUAUAGUAUAUCUAUGGUGUAAGUCAGAGUUAAAUAAAACAGUAUAUCUAUGGUGUAAGUCAGAGUUAAAUAAAACAGUAUAUCUAUGGUGUAAGUCAGAGUUAAAUAAAACAGUAUAUCUUUGGUGUAAGUCAGAGUUAAAUAAAACAGUAUAUCUUUGGUGUAAGUCAGAGUUAAAUAAAACAGUAUAUCUAUGGUGUAAGUCUUUUUAAUGUCCCAGAAUAAGUAGGUGUUGCCCAAUGACUGUAAAAAGAAUGGACAAAGCAUCGAUCAGGUGACACCAUUCAUUCCUAUGUGAAGACUCAAUAGAAGCCAGAUGAAGACUGAUGGCGUCACAUGGAGACAUAACAUGCACAGUUUGAGCCACUCCAGGAAGUGACAUUGAAGGCUAGCUCAGUGCUGUCAUUGUAUACAGUCUGUUCCUAAAUUUGAGCCACACAAAAGUACGAAUGACUACACUACAUGACCAAAAGUAUGUGGACACCUGCACGUCGAACAUCUCAUUCCAAAAUCAUGGGCAUUAUUAUGGAGUUGGUCCCCCCUUUGCUGCUAUAACAGCCUCCACUCUUCUGGGAAGGCUUUCCACUAGAUGUUGGAACAUUGCUGCGGGGACUUGCUUCCAUUCAGCCACAAGAGCAUUAGUGAGGUCGGACACUGAUGUUGGGCGAUUAGGCCUGGCUCGCAGUCGGUGUUCCAAUUCAUCCCAAAGGUGCUCGAUGGGGUUGAGGUCAGGGCUCUGUGCAGGCCAGUCAAGUUCUUCCACACCGACCUCGACAACCCAUUUCUGUAUGGACCUCGCUUUGUGCACGGGGGCAUUGUCAUGCUGAAACAGGAAAGGGCCUUCCCCAAACUGUUGCCACAAAGUUGGAAGCACAGAAUUGUCUAGAACAGGGGUGUCAAACUCAUUUUAGCUCAGGGGCCACAUGGAGGAAAAUCUAUUCCCAAGUGGGCCGGACCGGAAAAAUCAUGGUAUAUAUAACUUAAAAACAACAACUUCAGAUACGAUCAACAUACAACAUAAAGCUGGAGCCUGAGGACAGUGUGUCCAAAAUAGUACAAGCACAACAUCACUAUUAAUCAUAAAACACGUCAAGUUUAUUUGAAAAUUCUAAAGAAAAAGAACACACAAACACACAAUGCCUCAGUGAUUAACAGAACUGUUUCACAGAUCACAGAACUAUAUCAGGGUGUCAUUUCUCAGGCAAAUGUAGAUAAAAAUAAUGAAAUCCUGUUCCCCAAACAAGUGCAAGAACCACAGAGUCAAGAAUAGGUUAAAUAUACAAAUAAAAUAAAAACAAUUAAAAACAAUAGCACAUCAACAUAAAAACAUAUAAACAUAAAGCUGGAGCCUGAGGACAGUGUCCAAAAGCACAACAUUACUAUUAAUCAUAAAACACCUCAAGUUAUUUGAAAGUUCUGAGGACAAAGAACACACAAACACACAAUGCCUCAGUGAUUCACAGAAGUAUAUCACAGAUCACAGAACUAUAUCAGGGUGUCAUUUCUCAGGCAGAAAUGUAGAUAAAAAUAAUGAAAUCCUGUUCCCCAAACAAGUGCAAGAACCACAGAGUCAAGAAUAGGUUAAAUAUACAAAUAAAAUCAAUUAAAAACAAUAGCACAUCAACAUAAAAACAUAUAAACAUAAAUCUGAAAGCGUUGCUCAAACUCCCGUAACAGUCCCGUUAUUUUAUCUUUGAACCGCUUCAUGUCUGCCACAUGUUGGGUCGCGCACACAUUUUUCAGACAGGGGAAGUGAGCUGCAUCACCACCGGCAAGUUGCGUCUCCCACAAUGACAGCUUCAACUUGAAAGAACGUAUGCUGUCAUAAUACUGCGUGACAACUUUGUUGCGCCCUUGCAGCUGUUUGUUCAAGUUAUUCAGGUGCUCUGUAACAUCCACCAUAAAUGCAAGGUCCUGCAUCCAUUCUGCGGAAUGAAAUUCUAACACUGGUUUGCCCUUUUCUUCCAUGAACUGUUCAAUUUCUUCUCGUAAAUCAAAGAAACGCCUCAGCACAGCACCUCGGCUUAACCAUCUUACCUCAGUGUGGUAUGGCAGGCCAUAGAUGUGGUCUUUCUCUCUGAGAAGGCUGUCAAACUGGCGGUGAUUCAGGCUUCUGGAUCGGAUGAAAUUAACAGUUUGGAUGACCACCUUCAUGACGUUAUCCAUCUUUAAUGACUUGCAACACAAAGCCUCCUGGUGCAAAAUACAGUGAAAAGUCAAAAAAUCACGUCCUCCAUUUGCAGAUUGCACUUUCUUUCUGAACUUUGUCACAACGCCUGCUUUUUUCCCGAUCAUUGAGGGCGCACCAUCUGUAGCCAGGCUGACAGUGCGGGACCAGUCCACUCCGACCCUGUCCAGCGCGCCGACGAGUGCGGUAAAAAUAUCAGCUGCUGUCGUUGUAUCUGUCAUCGGCACCAACUCCACGAACUCCUCGGUGACGGUCAAUGUGUCAUCAACUCCGCGGAUGAAAAUGGCCAGUUGUGCAACAUCUGUAAUGUCCGUGCUUUCAUCAAUUGCAACCGAAAACGCAAUAAAUGACUUUAUUUUUUGCUUCAACUGGCGUCAAAAAUCCACUGAAAGUUCGGAAAUCCUGUCUGCAACAGUGUUUCUUGUCAGGCUGAUAUUUGCAAAAGGCUGCCGCUUUUCAGGGCACACAAUCUCCGCUGCCUUCAUCAUGCAUGUUUUUACAAAUUCACCCUCACUAAAUGGUUUUGAAGCCACUGCGAUUUCAUUAGCAAUGAGGUAGCUAGCUUUCACUGCAGCGUCACUGAUGUCUCGGCUGUGAGUAAACACAGACUGCUGUUUCUUCAGACCCGCCAACAGUUCAUUCACCUUCUCUCAUCUCCGCUGUCCUUGAAAGUUGUCAUAUUUGUCGGCAUGAAGACUCACAUAGUGGCGACGAAGGUUAUAUUCUUUCAGCACUGCAACAUGCUCUGAACACACCAAACAUACAGCUUUCCCAUUCAAUUCCGUGAAGAAAUAGGAUGACCAUUUUUCUUGGAACACUCUGCACUCUGCGUCCACUUUUCUCUUUUUUGACAGAGACAUAUUGGGGCAAUGAGGGUGCCAAAGCACACAGUGUUAAAAGUAGAAGCCGUAAUAAAUAUCGCGGGCAAAACAAAGUAGCUCAUUGGCUGCACGUGCUUGACCUACUUGCUCUGCCCCGGUAUAAACAGUUUGCUUGCUUAACACAAUUGCUAUUGUGCCAUCCAGUGGACGCAAUUGGAACAGCAGCUUAUUUUAUUGAAAAAUUGCAGCGCAUUUUUAUACUUUACAAAAGUAUUAUUAUUAUUAGUAUUAUUUAUUUUUUUCAAAAUCAUCUCGUGGGCCGGAUUAAACCCGUUUACGGGCCUGAUCCGGCCCGCGGGCCGGACGUUUGACACCCCUGGUCUAGAAUGUCAUUGUAUGCUGUAGCGUUAAGAUUUCCCUUCACUGGAACUAACGGGCCUAGCCCGAACCAUUAUUCCUCCUCCACCAAACUUUACAGUUGGCACUAUGCAUUUGGGCAGGUAGCGUUCUCCUGGCAUCCGCCAAACUCAGAUUCAUCCAUCGGACUGCCAGAUGGUGAAGCGUGAUUCAUCACUCCAGAGAACGUGUUUCCACUGUUCCAGAGUCCAAUGGUGGGCUUUACACCACUCCAGCCAUGCUUGUCAUUGAGCAUGGUGAUCUUAGACUUGUGUGUGGCUAAUCGGCCAUGGAAACCCAUUUAAUAAAGCUCCUGACGGUCCGUUAUUGUGCUGACGUUGCUUCCAGAGGCAGUUUGGAACUCUGUAGUGAGUGUUGCAACCGAGGACAGAUUAUUUUUCCGUGCUUCAGCACUUGACGGUCCCGUUCCGUGAGCUUUUGUGGCCUACCACUUCACGGCUGAGCCGUUGUUGCUCCUAGACUUUUCCACUUCACAAUAACAGCACUUAUAGUUGACCAGGGCAGCUCUAGCAGGGCAGAAAUUUGACAAACUGACUUGUUGGAAAGGUGGCAUCCUAUGACUAUGAACUGACUAGUUGGAAAGGUGGCAUCCUAUGACUAUGAACUGACUAGUUGGAAAGGUGACAGGAUGUGUGCUCGAUUUUAUACACCUGUCAGCUCCUCCAAAAACAAUUGUUCUCAAUAAGUGAUCUCACCCUGUCUAAAUGGGAUCUCACACCGUCUCACACCGUCUAAAAGGGAUCUCACCCUCUCUAAAAGGGAUCUCACCCUCUCUAAAAGGGAUCUCACCCUCUCUAAAAGGGAUCUCACCCUGUCUAAAAGGGAUCUCACCCUGUCUAAAAGUGCCCUCACCCUGUCUAAAAGUGCCCUCACCCUGUCUAAAAGGGACCUCGCCCUGUCUAAAAGUGACCUUGCCCUGUCUAAAAGGGACCUCGCCCUGUCUAAAAGGGACCUCGCCCUGUCUAAAAGUGACCUUGCCCUGUCUAAAAGUGCCCUCACCCUGUCUAAAAGUGCCCUCACCCUGUCUAAAAGUGCCCUCACCCUGUCUAAAAGGGACCUCACCCUGUCUAAAAGUGACCUUGCCCUGUCUAAAAGGGACCUCGCCCUGUCUAAAAGGGACCUCGCCCUGUCUAAAAGUGACCUUGCCCUGUCUAAAAGGGAUCUCACCCUGUCUAAAAGUGACCUUGCCCUGUCUAAAAGGGACCUCGCCCUGUCUAAAAGGGACCUCGCCCUGUCUAAAAGUGACCUUGCCCUGUCUAAAAGUGACCUUGCCCUGUCUAAAAGGGACCUCGCCCUGUCUAAAAGGGACCUCGCCCUGUCUAAAAGGGAUCUCGCACUGUCUAAAAGGGAUCUCGCACUGUCUAAUAGGGAUCUCGCACUGUCUAAAAGGGAUCUUGCACUGUCUAAAAGGGAUCUCGCACUGUCUAAAAAGGGAUCUCGCACUGUCUAA